AAACUGGCGUCUUUGCGUCUCCGAAAAGCUGCCCGUCGACUCCUCUCCCCUGCCCGGCGCUCGAUCUCGCGGUGUCGCCGUCGCCGGAGGCUCGCCGUUGGGCGAUGGCGGCGGCGCCAGCGGUCAGGCUCCCGGUGUUCGGCCUCGUGCGGCUUCUGGGCCUGGCCGCGGCGGCGGCCAUCGUCGUCUGGGCCGUCCACUUCCGCGGCGGGAUGGCCUUCUCCUCCGAGACGGACAAGCUCCUCAUCUUCAACGUUCACCCAGUGUUGAUGCUGAUUGGAUUGGUAGUCUUUAAUGGUGAAGCUCUUUUGGCCUACAAGACAGUACCAGGAACCAAGAAACUGAAGAAGCUUGUACAUCUUGCCUUGCAGUUCCUUGCCAUGCUCCUCAGUCUAAUUGGGCUCUGGACUGUAUGGAAGUUCCACAAUGAGAGAGAAAUUGACCACUUAUAUACACUUCACUCCUGGUUGGGCCUUGCUUGCAUCAUCUUCUUCAGCUUACAGUGGGCUACUGGAUUUUAUACAUUUUGGUACCCUGGUGGAUCUAGGAGUGGAAGAGCCUCUCUGCUGCCCUGGCAUGUCUUCUUUGGCCUCUUCCUCUAUGUUCUUGCCAUCGCCACAAGUGUCUCGGGACUUCUCGAGAAGUCGAUCUUCAUGCAGAGUGCAAAAAUGAUCGGGCGUUUCUCGACAGAAGCUCUUUUUAUGAACUCUUUGGGAAUGUUGCUGGUACUACUGGGCGCUCUUGUCAUACUUGCAGUUGUCAGUCCCGGUUCUGGCAAGAUCGAUACAUACCGAGGUUCAUCUGAGUGAGGGAAGAGCAUAUAGUUCAUGAACUGCAGUUAGUUCUAAACUCUGGCUCCAACUAAAGAGCAUAUAGUUUCCUGUUUAGAUUGGUUGAUUGAUGGUCACAUUGUAGUGUUAGAUUGAUGGUCAAAUUGACAUAAAUUACAGAGAAAUCCUUUCCGAGUUAUUUGGGAUUUCUUCAUGUAUGAAUGAACCGUGAAUGUUGACGACAGAUUUUCAUCCUUGACAAUUAUUUAUACCCUAUCAGUUCAUAGAUCUUACAUGAAAAUGGCAAUGCUUGU